UGCAGUAGGCCUACGUACAGUCGGUCAACAUGUCAGCAGCAACGUUUGCCGAGCGUAUGCUACAGUUAAAGAACGACGCGUUCACUUCCCUUGGAGUGUCCGUGGGCCUGCGACUGGGGCUGUUCGAGGUGCUGGGAGAUAUGGGAAGACCGGUCACUCCCAGGGAGCUGGCCACUCGGGCCAACUGUAAGGAGAAAUACAUCCAGCAGUGGCUAGGGCAGAUGGCCUGUAGCGAUAUCAUUAAAAUAAGCACGGAGCACGCGGACGGCGAGGAGAGGUAUUACGUCCCCGAGGACCGUCUCCCCAGUUUGUGUGUUGACACCGGAGGAGCAUCCGCUGUCUGGUUAUACGGCUUGCCGGUCUUUGCUAACGUCCAACACCAGCUAGAGGAGUGUUUCCGUGCUGAUGGACCACAGGGGAUUCCAUAUGAACCCUAUAAAGAAUUAAUCCAGGUGCGAAGUAAGCUCUUUGCUGGGAGGUUCUGGCCAAAUCUGAUGAAACAACUUGCGGACAAUAUACCAUCGCUGACAUCAAAGUUAGAGACAGGUGCAUCAAUCUUGGAAAUUGGCUGCGGAAGUGGUGACUUUAUGAAGACGUUUGCCAGGAAGUUCACAAAAAGCCAGUUUUUCGGGAUUGAUUCUUGUUCAGAAGCUAUUAAAUAUGCCUCUGAAACAGCUGCCAAUGACAAAAUCAGCAACGUCGCCUUUGCUGAAAAGGAUGGUCAAAAUCUCCCGUCUGAUUGGUCCGGGAUGUACGACUACGUCAUCACGGUCAAAGUGAUCCAUGACGCGACAGACCCGAAGAAAAUGCUCAGUGAAAUAAAGCGGGUCUUAAAACCAGACGGUCUGGCGUCUAUUAUAGACCUUCCCAUGCGCAGCAAAGUUAGUGAAAACCUCCAUUCCCCUAUAACCAACACUGUCUAUACCGCAGGCCUAUUUCACUGCAUUCCAUCCUCAAUGUUUUAUGGUGGGCCUGGAUUGGGACCCUGUUGGGGAGUCGAAAACAUGGAAGAGUUGCUGGCGACCGCCGGGUUUAAGGUGAAGACGAUCCUUAAUGAACAAAUUGCACAUUAUGUGUGCACUGAUAAAUAGCGGAUAAAGUAAGAGAAUGAAUACUGGGGUAAAUUUUGGUGAGUGACACUAGACUUCUAGUAUCAUUUUACAUUUUGGUUGACAG